UGAAAGUAAAAGCUUUUCACUGGUAUUCCCCUUCAUGUUCAAGUUUAAAGGAAAUGAUUGCUUGGUUGAGCAGUGGAUAGAAGCUUGGGUUAGUCUCCAAUAAGUACUUUAUUUUUCUGAUAACUUUUGUAUCCAUCGAGCUGAAGCAGCGAACAGGUUUGUCUGUGGAAGUUAUCAGGAGGAUUUGAGCCAUGAACGCUCCAAAGUGCCCCGGGUGUAACCAAUCGAACAUCAGAAAGCUGGAAGGUCAGCGCGCGGUCUGCAUGUCGUGCUCUAAAACUAAGAGGCGCGUGUUUCAGUUCUGCUGGGCGUGUCAGAGAGAGUGGCCUAGAGACGCUUCGACAACAGACUCCUGCAUGCUGCCAAACUGCGCGCUCAGAGCCGCGCUCCUCAGCGUCAAACAGAUCGACGACCCCCGCAGCUCAGCAAAAGGUUGCCCGUACUUUAGGGCCUGUCCUAGAUGCAAGGCUCUACUGACGCACAACGGACAAGGCUGUCCUAAGAUCACGUGCGUUAAUUGCCGUACAAUGUUCUGCUUUCGCUGCCUAGGUCAACGGUGCAUUGGAUUAACACCAGAGCAUUUUGCAGCCUUUAGACUUCGACUGUACCGUCGACUCUCAUUAAUUAAUGAAUAUAAUCUACAGCCGUGUACAGUGGUCGAUAAUAUGCAGAGCCUUGUAAGAUUAGGUCUGUAACUCUAGCAGAUUGCCUACAGGUCAAGAAAAUUUUAAAGUAACCUUUGUAAUGAAAACGCUAAUCAAUGAUUUAUGAAUAAUUGUGUGUUUGUAAAGUAUCUAAAUGGUAUGGAAAAGUUUUAUAUUAUUCCUUUCAUAAGCAACCACUUAUGUGCCUGAAGGUUGACCCUCAUUCUUAAUCCUCUUUGUCCUUUAUUGACACCUUGACAUAUUACAUUUUGUACAUUUUAUUACAUAGUAUGCAUCACCAGAAUGAUUAUAUGCUUAUUAAAAUCUGAUAAUCUAUAUUAUAAUUUUAAUCAGGGUAUUUCCUUACAACUUUGUGAUAAUGUACAUCUUUUAAUAAACCUUAACAUAAAAACCGAUAAUGGACUUACAUGUUUGUUAUACAUUAAGUCUAGGUUCAAAAGGUCAGCAGAUGGGUAGUCCAUGGAGUCUCACAGGUUUUGUUGGCUGCAUGGAUCAUCUGAUCUUGCGCAUCUGAAUGAAUGCAGUCAUCGGCAUAAAGUCUUUAAAAAUAUUU